CUGGUGCGACCGCGGUUGUAGUUCGUUUGAAAUUGUUUUAAAUAAUACAGGUGUUCUGAUACAUAAUUCAAAUCAGACUGAUCCAUGAAAACUAUUUCAAGAGGAGGUGUGGCACGUCUUUCUGUCUGAAAUAGUUUCAGUUGUCGCCAUCAUGAGAUGGUCUGCACUGAUGCUAAUAGUCGGGGCAACCUCAGUAUUGGCGGAAUAUUCGGAUCCGAAUAUAAGGUUAACGGAUCUUCAGGAAGAUCAGUACAAAGAUCUACUGGCGUCGGAGCAGCUGCAGUUAUCGCGAAAAAUCGCUCAGAACUUUGAAGCCCAGAAGUCAGCGUACCAGUCCAUCAAACGAAACUUGCUGAAAUUAAGAGAAACCAAGCCCAAUUCUAGGAGGAACCGAAGGUCUAUUCGAUCCGCGGGAAGCGCUUUGCAAAAUAAUGAUUAUCGUGCACUAAAUUCAGUCGAUACUCGACCAGUUUUUCCUGUUUUUCCAGCAAACUUUUCUAAGCUAUUAGAAUCGAGGGAAGGCCUACUAGAAUUCGCUCUUAUGCUUAAAAAAAACCCUGAGCUAAUAUGGCACACACAUCCGCCCCCGCUUCAAACAACUUCAUCUACAACUGUAAGAUCGACGACAUCGAAACUUUUGACCUCUUCUGUACCUACUAUUGCAGACAGACUCAAUGAAAAACAUUUGACUGCAUCUAUUAAAAGUAAAGAUGGAGAGUCAACUAGCGCUGAACCGCUAGUUUCAACAAUAUCCUCUGCUGGGAAAAACUUGGAUAAAAAUUUGACAGUCUCUACCAAUGUAAAAUUUGUAAAAAGGGACCUAAAUUUACAUCGAUUCACUCCUCCAAAUUCUGAUGCUUCCUCGGUUUUAACUGCACGAAAUUUGGACAUUUUUCCCUCUGAAUUUCUGCAUACGUUAACGAGCAAUGAGAAAACUGAAACUGUAUUGGAAACCCUCGAAACUCGUUUAUAUGAUCAUAAGGAGGUGAAGCAUUUACUACGUCACGCUUCAACUGAAGGACCUAAUCUGCAGCCGCUCCCAGAUUCUUGGCACUCGUAUUCCUACAACACCGGAGUUUACGAUAGGGAACGAUUAACCAUCUCCAGCAUCACGACGAGUCCUGGAAAUAUAUUGACAAGUACAUCUAAAAUAUUCCAAAUUCAGAUUGGCAAUUUCCUUCUGGCCACUGACAGCCAGGGGAUGAUGGUGCUGCUGGACCUCGAGGGCGCUGCACACAAGCUUCAGUUAGGUGACGGCUGGGAGUCCCAUGACAAAGAAUGUUCCUGCGACCAGGCGGAUAUAGACGAGCGAUGCGCCUGUUGCCGGCGGGAAGCUUGCCGUUGUUCCAGCAGUUCCAUCUGUCGCGUUUGUCCCCGGCAACAACCUUUCUUAGCCUCCAGCUGCCCUGGCAUCGAGGCGCGAAUACCUGCGGAGGAGGCGGUGAUAAUUCAACAGAAUUCUGAGGAAUCGUAUUUUGUAGCGUCUCACUUCGAUUCGGUGGCAAUUUAUCGAACGGAUGGGCAUGCAAUUUCAUUGCUGCAUCCAAAAAUCGACUUCCACGUGCGGGCACAAGCUGGCUCAGCCGUGACCAGCGUGGGGGUGUUGGAGCUGCACGUUAUGCGCGCUGGUGUGGUCGUUGUCCAGCAAUACCUCAUCACAUUCAGGGCAUCUUUUACGGCGCAUUCUGGGCAGCAAAUCCUGUUAGGAGAAGAUAAGAAAUCUUAUCAAUUGUGGGGCCUCAUCUAUUGGGAAGCCAUCGGAAAUGAAGUGAAAUUUUUGCAAAUGGAUGGCCGAGCCUUGUUUUUUGUUAGUGACGGAACUACGGUCACGGCCCUUGAAUUAAAGGAGGAUAAAAAUGACAAGUAUCCAGGUAUGGACGCCCACGUUGAAAAUUUGGGCACUUUUUCAACUGGCACAAAAUUCGACUCAUGGCAUUGUUUCCUCAACUUGGGUGAAGCUUUCAUCGCAUUAUCAGAUCCUGAAAAAUGCGUUCUAUUCAAAGUCGUAGAAAACAAAAUAGUGGAGGCGCAACUUAUCUCAGCCGCCGAACUAAAUAUUGGAAAUCAGUUAAUCGCAUCAAUUAUCCCUAUACCAUCUGGCAACUAUCGAGGCGACACGGCCCUGCUGAUGACGACCUCUGGCGGUACGAUGUUGUGGUUCACAUGGCAUCCGCUCGCCUACAUGUACAAAGCGGGAAAUAGUCGGUAUACUUCAAAUAUUGCUCAUUGGAAUUCAAUUGGAAUCAUUCAGACCAACGACGUCACGAAGGUCUUGGGUACUGCUAAUGACGGCUCAGUGCACGUAGUUAACAUGAAGUUGUCACUGGAAGAACUGCGUGAUCCAGCACUACUGCAGUACGAUAAAGCCAAGCAUGCGAUGCAACAACUCCAGGCUCGCUUGGCAUCGCAGCAUGAAGUCUUGCGAUCCGCGCUUGCUCGGCUGCGGCGAUCGGUUGAAAAAAGCUCUAUCGUCGAAGGCAACAUCAUAAUUCGAGGAUCAGUCGAGGCCGAUCGCGCAACGGCAGCGGCCCUGGAUUUGGGUGUAGUGACUGUCACGACCUCCAGCGGUCGCCACGCUGCGCUGGAGCUUCACGAGUCACGCAUGCGAGACUACGAGGCAGCUCUGGACCACGAGAGACAGAGGAUCCUGGAAGUGGAAACAAAACUAAAUGGCGGAGUGCAAAAACAUCUCCCGGGUGCUUCAGUUGCCGGCCAUCUGACAUUUGCAAAUUUAUCGGCCAACUUUCUGGAGACAGAAAACUACAGCGCGGGCACAACGUUUCUGGAGGACAUUGUUUGCGACCUGGUCAACGCCAAGAAUCCUUCCUUAAUUCUUGGAACUAAAGUAAUCACGAGUCCCACGCGGGUCGAUAGCCUGAGAAUAGCUUCUCUGGACGGAGUCCCAAUUCAAGAUUUAAUUACCAAGGACAUGGACUGUCAUUUAAUUAAUGUCACUUACCGCAACGGCCUGUCGAUUCUCGAUAACUUCCAAGUCGGUCCUGGAAUCAAGGUCGCCGGUGUGGAUCUGAACGUCUUACGCCUCGUAUCUGAGGACCAACACUUCAAUUCAUGCUCCUUUGAGGUGCUUCAGAGCUCUGGACGAGUGACAUCUGACAAUGGCGAAAUGAAUGGCAUCGUUCUUCCAGCUUUGAGCAGAUCAAUCGUCACUAACUCGAAUGAUGAUCUUGUCUUUUUAGGAUCUCUCCAAUUAUUGCAGGAAGUUGAUGUUCAUGGCGAUGCUAGCGCCCCGUUCGUCAUGAACGUCAAUAUCAGCAAUUUGUUUGCAAAUGCGGUACGGAAAAGUUCAAAUACGUGGUUGAAAUCGGACCUUAUUUUCGAGUUUCCUGUAGAGGUGUCCGGCAACCUAAAUGUGAAUGGUCCGAUCAACGGCCAUUCUUUUCCUGUUCAGUUCCCAUACAAAAGAAAUCCGUACGGGUUUUUCGAGCACAAAAGUUUUGAAGAUUUAAAAAUUCGAAAAUUGAUCGUCAAGGGAACCGUUGAUAGUGUGAGAAGUGAGGAAGUUGUGACAUUAUCUACUAACCAAGUUAUUGGAGGAGAGAAAGUGUUCAACAGUGGAAUAGAAGUCGAAGGUAAUUUGAACGUGGACAGCUACCUGGUAGAUGGCGUUGACUUGCGCAGAGUUGGUGAAGAAGCUGGAAGAUCCCGUGGAGAAGAAAUAACCUACAAUGUUAUCUUCACGAGUCCAGUCAGAUUGAAUAAUUUACAGCAUCAAGGGAGGCUCAAUAGUUUCAAUUUUUCGGAAGUGGUGAGCGAUUUGUUGUUGAGAUCUGACGUCAACUUCCCUAUUCAGGGUAAAAAAACAUUCGAAAAAGGCGUUUCGACCGAUCAGUUAAGUCUCAUGGCCUUGAAUUUUAUUCCUGUUGAGGCAUUCAUCAGAACAGGCCAACCCAUUACGAUUUCUGGUCUUAAAACCUUUACUCGGGGCUUAUUUUCCAAUAAACUUGAAGUAGAUGGACUAAUAGAUGGCAUUAACCUAUCGAAUAUUUUCAAUGGCUCUCUGUACAAAAAUCUGCCUGGGCAACGAGUUUGUGGUAGAAAAGUGUUCACAAAUUUUAUUAAUGGAUCUCAAUUAAUUGUGCAUGAAACUAUAAACGAAAUAGAUUUCAAUAACGUGGCUACCAAAACAUCCGAUAACGAUUUCAAGAUGGAACAAUCUUUCUUCCAUGUCAAUUUCGAGAGCCUUGAUGUUAAGCAAGUUUUUCUGGCGACUCAAAUAAUCAAUGGAAUUGACAUCAGCCAGCUAAGCAAUCGUUUUCUAUACCUGGACACAGACCAAAAUGUUUCAGGGUCUAUAAUAUGCACCGGAAAUUUGACGUUUGAAUCUUCAUUGGCGGUGGAAUACGUCAAUGAUAUUCAUUUCGGUGACUUCGUACAAAAUUUGGUACUCGGUACUGACAGCGAUUGGACACAAACAAACCUGGAAAUAGAGCAGCUGGACGUAAGAGGCGAUGUGCUCACCAAAGGAAGCCAAGGUCUUUCGAACGUUAACAUCAGCGCGUUGGAUAAAGAAGCCAUUAAAUUGGACUCUGAAUUCGUGGAUACGAACGCUUUUUGGGAAAGCUUGAGCUUCCUCUCUGAAGUUCAUUUCGAUGGACUGGUCAACGAACGGCGGCUGGCAGAGUUGAAAGACGACAGCGUUUUCAUUCCAGUAAACGGCGAAUUAAUAAUUACGGGGACCAAAACUUUCCUCGGUAACGUCAGCGUUACUGGCAACGUAUCGGCAAGCUCGGUCAACGAAAUGCAUCUUCCUACCAAAGCAUUCACGAAAAAUACAGAUCAGUUAGUGAGUGGCUCAUUCGAAUUCACUUCAAUGAAUGUGAAAGACAUUACUUUUGCCGGGCUCUUCAAUGGCAUAAAUGUCGCGGACCUUCUUGAGACUCGACUCGUGGCAAACGUCGAACUUGCAGGCCCGAUAAUCUUUACCGGCAACGUGUCCAUUGAUCAUCUCGUGGUCGACGGUUAUGUUGAAGACCUCGACAUCGUGGGACUGUUGGAUGACUUAGUGCGUGUCAACGACACAAGCGUUGACUUCACAGCGGAAAAAUCGUUCUCGAUUCCUCCAAGAUUCUCCUCGCUUUAUAUUGACGACGUCAAUGGAGAAAAUUAUGAACAUCUCGUCGAAGAUCUUGUCAGCCUGCGAGAAGACAAUCAUUUCGCGGCACCGUUCCUUAUCAGCAAAGUUAUGACGGACGCUGUUAUGGCUGAGACGGUCACGGUGAAGGGAUUUGUGGACGGGGAAAAUGCAGGAGACUUGGUAAACGACCUCAUUUACCUCAACCGAAGAGAAAUCGUACCCGGCACACCUAAUUAUGACACGCUCCAAAUCGGCUCCGAGGCAUCACCGAGUGAACUGCUCGUUGGGACUUUGAAUUUCUUCAAUGUUACGGAACUUUUUCUUCUCACGGACACUCCGCAAACUUUCAAGUCUGAUAUUCAGUUCCAGAAAAUAUGGGCAGAGAAUAUUUUCGUGAAUGGCUUCGUCAAUGGAUGGAAAAUGGACGCAUUUCGCAGAGCACUUAAGGUCACCGGUGGGCAAACCAUUCACAGCAACAUGCAGCUGCUCAGUGGAGACGUCCUCAAUUCCCUAAACUUGACGGGACUCAGCGGCACUACUGCGUCGCUGAACCUGGCAGAAGAUAUUAUUCACUUAGACAUUAACUCGCCCAAGUUCAUCUCCGGAGCCUUGAAUUUCUCACAACCUUUGGAAGUGAAGUCUCUGUGGUGCAGCACAAACCUCGUCAACGACGUCGAUAUCAAGAAGCUUGCUGAAAAUGCUUGGUACCGAGAUCGGGAUACUGUCAUCACAGGGAAUUAUACUUUCUUGGGACCCGCUUUCUUUGAGAAUGAAUUCAUAUUUGGUCACCACUACCUCAGCAUGCUUCCAGCAAUGACAAGGAGACUGCAAGACCUGAAGCAGAGAGCGGAGCUGCCUCUGCGGACGCUCCGAGAAAGUUUCGUCAGCGAGUCUGCGAAAAGCUCGUCUCUGGUGGACAUUUUGGACCAAUCCUUCCCUCGACCCGUGCAACUGAGAGCCGCCAGUAGCAUGUCUUUGCCCUCAUCCGCUGUUGCUCCCCUCAUUGUGCAGUCCCUGGAUGCGGUGUACCUGUUAGAGCCGCAAGUGGAGGGCUCGUGCGACGUGUCGGUGCUUCGUUGGUCAGGCUCGACGUUCCAGCCCUGGCUCACUCUUGCGCACGUCGGGCGAGUGGCCGGCUACGUCAACAUCCUGGAAUUCAAUUCAACUUUUGUGGCUGCAGCGGUCAGAGAAUCCUACUCCCCAUGCCCGAAUGCUUCCAGUUUCAUCUUAAAGAUUUCUGGAGAAAGCUUAGAGAUUUCACAAAGACUGCCAGGAUUUGAUUCUGCCUCCGGGUUUGUUCGACUACCUUCUCGAGGUGUGCGCCUGGGCACCUACUCUUACUCUUUACUCUCGACGCACGGAGGGCUAAGUUUUAGAGAAGUUCCUCCUAGUAACAUAGAUCAGAAAACGUGGAUGAGCGGCCAUGGUGAAACCUCAGCAUGGGUGUGGCUUUCGGAUGAUGCGUUGCAUGUUAGCUUGAACCAAACGUUCCUCCACCGCUUACGAGCGGACCAAGUCUUGGAUGUUGCAAUGGUCAAUACAAGAGACGAAGUCGUAGUUGCCUUCGUCGAGGCCAGCGAGUUCGCCUACGAAAAGUCUUACAAUUUACGAGUCGUGCGCGGAUUGCGUUCUAGAUCAGGACUUGAGAUCCAAGACAUCCUGCCGCUGACGCGCCCUUCCAACGUCUCUCUCGUCACCGUCGCCGGGACGUUCAAUGAACUCAACCUCAUCGUCACGACGGAUGCAGAGACGUCGCCUCGUCUCUUCUGGCUUAAAGGCAGCGGUAGAUUAUCGGCUUGGGAAGUGGCUGAGUUUGAGCUCACGGAGCUGCGUAACGUGUCGUGGUCUAGUCACUUUCAUAGCAAUGGGUCAACAUUCAUCACCUUCUUGAGCUCUGGCGACUCAUUGACGGUGCAUGAAAUUGUCUUGGACGGCGGCCCAAGACUGCAAGAAAGAACACGCGUGCACAGACCGUCUGCAAACGGACGGAAAACGACACUUGGACGGAUUUCUGUUGACGGAUAAUUCCCUAAAUGACAGUCUUACUUUUCUGUGAAGAAAGUGACGGAAAUACGUUUCACUUUGAGAACAGGAAACUGAAGAGAAGCGGCAGGGAAAUAGUCUAGAUAGUUGAAAAUGGAUUGAUUACAAUUAUUCGUUAUUGUCAGGGUAUUUAUUAUUAUUACCAUCGAGAAUCUUUUCGUGUUUUUCUAUUAUGAAAUAGUAUAGAUUAAGGAGUGAAAAGUUUGUGUUUUGUUACAGGUUUGUUCUGACGCAUUAAAUUUAAAUGUAAAGU